AUGUACAACUUAAGUUGUUACAACCCCACUUCCUUCAUACUUGUUGGAAUACCUGGUCUGGAAAAGUUUCACGUGUGGAUUGGGAUUCCCUUUUGUGCAACCUAUGCCAUGGCUCUUGUGGGUAAUUCCAUCCUCCUCUACCUCAUUGCAGUGGAGCACAGCCUCCAUGAGCCCAUGUUCUUCUUCCUCUCUAUGCUGGCCAUCACAGACCUCAUCUUGUCCAUGACCACGGUGCCCAAACUGCUCAGUAACCUCUGGCUUCACUCCCAAGAAAUAACCUUCUCUGGCUGUCUCACUCAGAUGUUCUUCCUCCACUUCAGCUUUGUAGUGGACUCAGCCAUCCUGCUGGCCAUGGCAUUUGACCGCUAUGUGGCCAUCUGCUUCCCCUUGAGAUAUGCCACCAUCCUGACCCCGCAGGUGAUCAUCAAGCUCAUGGUGAGCAUUGUUGUGAGGAGCUUCUCUGUCAUCCUGCCAGACGUUUUUCUGCUGAAACGGUUACCUUUCUGCGGGACACGUAUCAUCCCACACACAUACUGUGAGCAUAUAGGAGUUGCUCGGCUCUCCUCAGCUGACAUCUCCAUCAACAUCUGGUAUGGAUUUGCUGUACCUCUCAUGACUGUCAUCUCAGAUGUGGUCUUCAUUGCCGUUUCCUAUACCUUCAUUCUCUGUGCUGUCUUCCGACUCUCAUCCCAGGGUGCCCGCCAAAAGGCCCUCAGUACCUGUGGCUCCCAUGUCUGUGUUAUCCUCAUGUUAUACACACCUGCCUUCUUCUCCAUCCUUGCUCAUCGCUUUGGGCACAGUGUCCCUCGAAAUGUGCUCAUCCUCUUUGCCAACCUCUACGUGGCCAUCCCUCCUGCUCUAAAUCCUAUUGUUUAUGGAGUGAAGACCAAGCAGAUCCAGGACAAAUUCAUUCUCCUCUUCUCUUUGAAGACGCAAUGA